UUUGCACCGGUGCAGGUUAUGUGCUAUAUCGGCCCUGUUUGCAGGCGCCGUGCAAGGCGGGAUUUCUGGGUUCAGGCUUGCAAAGUCGCAAGGGCUCCAAACAUUGGUAUUGAUUGUAGCGAGCAAAUCUCGCAGGCAUAGAGGAAGCCGAGACGAAGCCGAUGGAAAUUAGCUGGCGACAAGCCGUCACUUUUGUUGGCGGUGGCUAUAACCAAUGGGGCCUGAACGAAAAGGAGCUGAUUCCGAGACUUGCGCUUGUUUUUCUCCUGGUACCAAGCCUAGCGGCCGUGCGUGUCAGCCAAGUUUCGUGUCAACCAAUUUGCGUGUCAGCCAUUUUCAUAUCAGCUGAUGUUUUCAUGUUAGCCAAUAUUCAAUGUCAGGCAUUUCACAAUUCUAAUUUCCAUGCCAGCCACUUUAUAGAUUUUCAAAUUGCCUUUUCAGCCAACCUCCAUGUCAGACAAUUUUCCAUGUCAGCUAAUUUUUUCAUGUUGACCAUUUUUUGAUGCUGACCAUUUUUUUAUGUCAGCAAUUUCCAACUUUUAGGUCAGCCAACUUCCAUGCUAGACCGAUUCCAAUUUUCAGGUGAGCCACUUUUCCAUGUCAGCUAAUGUGAGCCCAUUUUUCAUGCCAGCGCAUUUU